AUGUCCACCACCAAUCCCCCGAAAGCGCUCCUAACAGACGUCUUCGGCACGGUCGUCGACUGGCGCAAAACCGUGACGGACUACCUCACCCGUCGCGCCAGCGAAGCCCUCAACUCCCCCACGUCGUCAAUACCCAGCGCCGUCCGCACGGCCGCAGCGGGGAUCUCGUGGCCGGACGUGGCCCAGCUCUGGCGCAUCUCCUACUACAACUUCACGCGCACGUACGACCCGGCCGAGGCGCAACGCGAUCCCUCCAAGUUCAAGACCGUGGACCAACACCACGUCGAAGCCCUGCACAAGAUCCUGGUGGACCACGCGCUCGAGGGCCUGUGGACAGACACCGAGGUCGAGAAGAUCGCCCUCAUCUGGCACUUUCUCAACCCCUGGCCGGAUUCCUCGGAGGGGCUGGCCAAGUUGAACGCCCGCUUCGAGACCGCGACCCUGAGCAACGGCAACACCGCCCUCCUUCGUGACCUCGCCUCCCACGGCAGCUUGCCCUACAAGCAUAUCCUCAGCGCCGAGGAUUUUGGCGCCUACAAGCCGCACCCGUCCGUGUACCUGGGCGCGGCGGAGAAGGUGGGCUGCAAGCCGGAAGAGUGCGCCCUCAUAGCAGCGCAUUUGGGCGAUCUCAAGGCCGCGAGAGGAUGUGGGUAUCAGACGAUCUAUAUUGAACGCGAGAAGGAGGAGGGGUGGAGUCAAGAGGAAACCAAAAGGGCCCAGGAUGAAGGCUGGGUUGACAUGUGGGUUGGUCUCAACGAGGGAGUCGACGGCGGUGGCUUUCUCGAGGUUGCGAGACGGUUUGGCAUAUAA